AUCUAUCUGAGCUCUGCCAUUCCCCUCGAGUCAUCACAGGCCCUUCCGCUCAUUCGUUGAACUACCGUUCGAAUCCUGACAAGUUGCGCCAGAGAAUAGACCACAGAGAUACCACCACUCUACGACACUCACGCCAAACGCUCCAUAUACCUGCAGUGCCUCACACGUCUACACGACACAACUCAUGGCGGACUCCACGAUAGAAAUUGACCUCGACUCUGUUAUCGACAGACUACUUGAAGUGCGUGGCAACCGCCCAGGCAAGCCCGUGCAACUACAGGAGUACGAAAUAAAAUACCUCUGCACCAAGGCACGCGAGAUCUUCAUAAAUCAGCCCAUCCUCCUCGAGUUGGAGGCUCCCAUAAAGAUUUGCGGGGACAUUCAUGGGCAGUAUUACGAUCUCCUGCGGCUCUUCGAGUAUGGCGGGUUUCCGCCCGAGGCCAAUUACCUCUUCCUAGGCGACUACGUGGAUCGCGGGAAACAGUCGCUGGAGACGAUAUGUUUGCUCCUUGCGUACAAGAUCAAGUACCCCGAGAAUUUUUUCAUCCUGCGCGGGAACCACGAGUGUGCAUGUAUCAACAGGAUAUAUGGUUUUUACGAUGAAUGCAAGCGCCGGUAUAAUAUCAAGCUGUGGAAGACGUUCACAGACUGUUUCAACUGCCUCCCCAUUGCUGCGAUCAUCGACGACAAAAUCUUCACCAUGCAUGGUGGGCUGAGCCCGGAUCUCCAGUCCAUGGAGCAGAUCCGCCGGGUGAUGCGGCCGACGGACGUACCAGACACGGGUCUGCUCUCCGAUUUGCUUUGGUCGGACCCCGACAAGGACAUCACUGGAUGGUCCGAGAACGAUCGUGGAGUCUCAUUCACCUUCGGCGCCGACGUCGUCUCGCGCUUCCUGCAGAAACACGAUAUGGACCUGAUAUGUCGCGGCCACCAGGUGGUGGAGGAUGGCUACGAGUUCUUCGCGAAGAGGCAUCUAGUUACGUUAUUUUCGGCGCCAAACUAUUGUGGAGAAUUCGACAACGCCGGUGCAAUGAUGAGUGUGGAUGAAUCACUCUUGUGCUCGUUCCAGGUGUGUUGUACUGCGAGGAUGGUCGUGUCGUCAUGCUUAUUCGGGGUACAGAUUCUAAAGCCGGCUGAGAAGAAACAAAAGUAUCCUUACCCUGCGAAUGGAGCCGGCACACCCCGAAGGCAGAAGAAACGGGCUUGAUCGCCUCGCCUGACGGUCAUGCUGUAGGAUAUUUGCUCUCUGUCUAUAUUUGGCCUUUUUAUGGCGGGCAUGCACCUCGACGUGAUGUAGGACUAGUGUACAUGUAUACAAGUACAUCCCAUUAUUUAUCUUGCAGAAUCUCAGAUUUAGAGUAAGAACAGACCAUGAAUUUCUACCUCUCAAGGGAAAUGCGCAGAGUCGAUCGUAGUGAUGAUCAAAAGUGUGAUUCGACCCAGGUUCGAACUGAGGACCGCCUGUGAACAGCGCAAUUAAAUUGCCAACUGUUAGACAGAAGUGAUAACCAAC